AUGUCCGAGCCUGAGUUUGAGCAAGCCAGGAAGGAGCUCGUCUCCACCCUUGAGGCUUCAUCCCUCUUCUCCAAGAACCCCGAGUACAAGAAGGCUCUUGAAGUCGUCUCCGUCCCUGAACGCAUCAUCCAGUUCCGCGUAGUCUGGGAGAACGACAAGGGCGAGUGCCAGGUCCAGAAGGGCUACCGUGUGCAAUUCAACUCUGCACUCGGCCCCUACAAGGGCGGUCUGCGCUUCCACCCUACCGUCAACCUAUCUAUCCUCAAGUUCUUGGGUUUCGAGCAAAUCUUCAAGAAUGCCCUCACUGGCCUCAACAUGGGUGGUGGCAAGGGAGGUUGCGACUUCGACCCCAAGGGCAAGUCCGACAACGAGAUCCGCAAGUUCUGCGUUGCAUUCAUGAGGGAACUCAACAAGCACAUUGGUGCCGACACGGACGUACCCGCGGGCGACAUCGGCGUCGGUGGUCGCGAGAUCGGCUACCUCUUUGGCGCAUACCGAGCAGAGCGCAACCGCUGGGAGGGCGUCCUCACUGGAAAGGGAGGCUCCUGGGGAGGUAGCCUGAUCCGUCCUGAAGCCACCGGUUACGGUCUCGUCUACUACGUUGAGCACAUGAUCAACUAUGCCUCGGGCGGAAAAGAGUCCUUCGCCGGCAAGCGCGUCGCCCUUUCUGGUUCCGGAAACGUCGCACAGUACGCUGCGCUCAAGAUCAUUGAGCUUGGCGGAACCGUCAUCUCUCUCAGCGACAGCAAGGGUGCGCUGAUUGCUGAGGACGACAAGGGCUUUACCCCUGAGAUCAUCAACCAGAUUGCCGCCCUCAAGUUGGAGCGCAAGGCUCUUACCGCGCUCGAGAACCACAACUUCAAGUACAUUGAGGGAGCUCGCCCAUGGAAGGAGGUCAACAAGGUCGAUGUCGCUCUUCCCUCCGCGACCCAGAACGAGGUUUCCGAAGACGAGGCUAAGGCUCUUAUUGAGUCAGGUGCCAAGUACAUCGCUGAAGGCUCCAACAUGGGCUGCACACAAGAGGCCAUCGAGGUCUUCGAGGCCCACCGCCGCGAGAAGAAGGGUGAUGCCAUCUGGUACGCACCAGGCAAGGCCGCCAAUGCUGGAGGUGUCGCCGUCUCUGGUCUCGAGAUGGCCCAGAACUCCCAGCGUCUGUCCUGGACCGCUGAGCAGGUCGACGAGAAACUCAAGGGCAUCAUGAAGGACUGCUUCGAGAACUGCCUCAGCACGGCAAAGGAGUACUUCACCCCAGCUGAGGGAGAGUUCCCAUCCCUCGUCGGUGGUGCCAACGUCGCUGGUUUCCGCAAGGUCGCUGCCGCUAUGCACGACCAAGGUGACUGGUGGUGAAGAGUCCGUCCCGGCUAGGCUGCAUUUUUGUAUAUGAUACCUUUGACCUUUUUUACAUGGCGUUCGGAAGCAGGAAGCUUCCCCUUGUACAUAGAUACCUCUUGAAAUGAAUUGAAUCCGAUAUUCCCAAAC